AUGUCAAUUUUGAGUGAACAUACGAUUUCAAUAAAAAAUGAAACCAUUACUAUGAUGUCUGUCUCACACAGUGCUAUAAGUCCAUCCAUAGCGAUCUGUACGAUAUCUAGAGUGAUGCUGUAUAAUGAUUAAGGGGAGAAAUUCGAUUAUGAAUUAGCUCGUAAUUAGAAACCUACUGCAAUUGCAUGGCAUCCUAUUCAGCCACAAUUAGCAAUAGGAUGGCAGAAUGGUACAAUAACAAUAUGGUAAGAGGAUACACGUACUGCAAAGGAGGAAUCAGCUGUGCAUAAAGAAGAAAUUAAUUUAAUACAAUAUAACACCAAUGGAUCUAGGAUGGUGAGUGCAGAUAUAUCGGGUCUAGUAGUCGUAUGGAGAGGAAUAACUCCAAUGAGUACAUACCAAAAGGAAGGUAUAAUGACAAUUUGCAUAUUCGCCGAUUUAAAUAAUAUUAUCAAGGCCCAAAAUUUAUUCUUCUUUGGUGGAAAAUCAGGAUUGGUAUGUUUGGCUGAUGAUAGUAAACACUGUUCAGAAGUCUGUAAAGUAGUGGGUAGUAUUAAAUGCUUGAUGAUAUACGAGAAAUAUAAUUCAGUUAUCAUUAUUACAAGUGGUUUGCUUUUGGUUUAAUUUAAAAUCAGCACAAGUGAAAAGACAUAGCCAGACAAAAAGGUUAAAUUAUCAAUAGCAGGAGAGCCAGAAUCAUUGCAAUCAGUUUGGAUAGGUUAAUGUUUAAUAGCAAUUUCAUCGAAUGAAAAUAUGAUAAGAAUGUUUUAGUUGGAAGCUGAUGAAAAUUAUGUUAUCACUCUGCAUGAAUUUUAAGAGUUAUAUCCUAAGGAGAAGAUAUUGAAUGACAAGAUUACAUGUGUUCAAUACAGCAAGAAAUCAAAGAAUUUGGUAGCAGGAACUAAAGAUGGUAGAUUGGUAUUUUGGAAAAACUACGCAUUGACAGAUGAAUCUCCCGUUGAAAGUGAGUAGUGGAAGGCAUUACAAAUAAUUGCUCUUAAUAAAACAGUCAAUGAAAUUGCUAUUGGUAAAAAUAGUGGAGUUAUUGCUGCAAGAUCAGCAGAUUCUGUUAAAAUAGUUCAAGAAACUUUGGUUCAUGGCAAAAUAUAUGAGAAUGUUAGAGUUUUGUAAAUAGAACAUAAUAAAGUAUUGAUCUAUUUUAAAAAUGACUCCUAAAAUCAAGACAAAGAAAAAGGACCUUGGUCAAUGUUUUAAUGGGAUAGCAAAUUUCCCAUUAAGUCAAUUGAUUGUACUCAGUAACAUCUUUUAGUUCAAAGUGCAAACAGGAUUGAGAUCAGCGAAUUUACAAAUAAUUCUUAAAUUCUAGCUAAAUCGUCAUUUGAAAAGAAGUGUGUGAAGGCUGCUCUCUUUUAAGAAGAUCUUAUCUUGUUUUAUGAAUACAAAUUUGAAGUAACUAACUUUAAAGGAGUUUAAAAAUACUUUGUUGACUUCUCAGAGAGUGAUGGAAUCAUAGCUAAUUAUGAAUUCAACAAUAAAACAAUGGUCAUUUGGACACACAACAAUUAUUUUAGAUUAUAUGAUUUUAGUAGAAGAGAGGCUCAACUCUCAGGAUUUAAUUGCAAGUUUGAAAAUGAUAAGGGUCCUUUAGGUACAAUUAAAUAAUGUGCGGUCAAUUGUGAUGGUUCCAAUGUGGCUAUUAUUGCAGAUAAUCAUGGAAAUCAAAAUGACUUAUUUUUUGUUUAUAAUCCAGAGAACAACAACUUUUAAUCAUUUGAAUUGCCAUAAUACAGAAAAGCUACUUAGAUAAUGUGGGACUAUUCAGAUCCAAGAUUCUUUGGAGUUACUACUAUCUGCACUAAAAUUAAAACAAAUAGUGAAAAUGAUGUUGAAGAGGAAUAAGCUGAUUUCAGAGCUAAAAAGUUUUUCACUUUCUUCUUCAAUCCUCAUACAGGAAUCAAAGAAUAAGAUUGUUAUGUACUUGAUGAAAAAUACGAAGGCGUAUUGUCUAUUCGUAUUCCACAUAUUAAUGUUAUUCAGAAGAAAGAACAAACAUAUAGAAUUUAAGAGAUCCUAAUGAAUGAUUUCACUGGCUUAGAAAGAGCAGAUGAACCAACCAAAAGAGCUGUUAUUAAUUUCUCUUAUCAUUUAUCUUGUGGUAAUUUGGAUGAAGCCUAUAAAUCUGUAAAGGCUAUUCAAAAUCCAACAGUCUGGGAAAAAAUGGCUUAGAUGAGUGUCAAAACCAGAAGAUUGGAUGUUGCUGAAAUUUGUAUAGGAAACAUGAGAUUCGCCAGAGGUGCUAAGGCAAUUAGAGAAACAAAGAAGGAACCUGAAUUUGAAGCUUAAUUAGCUAUGGUUGCUAUUCAAUUAAAUAUGAUCUCUGAAGCUGAAAAACUAUAUUAUUAAUGCAAGAGAUAUGAUUUACUCAAUAAAUUGUAUUAGGCAUAAGGAUAAUGGGAAAAGGCAUUGGAAAUUGCAGAGAAACAUGACAGAAUCAAUCUCUUAUCAACGUAUUACAAAUUGGCUAAACAAUAUGAAAUUUCUAAGGAAUGGGAUAAAGCAAUCUAAUAUUAUGAAAAGUCAGGUAAUGCACAAAAAGAAAUACCUAGAAUGUUUUAUGAGGCUGAUGAAUUAUAAUAUUUGGAAGGCUACGUCCUAUAAAAGAAAGACCCAAUUCUUUAUAAAUGGUGGGGCAAUCAUCUAGAGUCAUAGGAACAAUACGAAGAAGCAAUGAAGUUCUACAGAGAUUCAAAUGAUGCCUUGGGAAUUGUCAGAGUGUUAUUACACUAAGAUAAUGUGAGACAUGCCAAAGAGACUUGUAAUGAUAAGAAUGAUCCUGCUGCUCAUUACUUCUUAGCCAAAUAUCUAGAGGCCAAGAACAUCAUCCCUGAAGCCAUUUAAUAUUAUGCAAAAGCCUAAUACUAUAGUGAAGCAAUAAGAUUGGCUAAGGAGGCUAAUUUGAUUUCUGAUGUGACUGCAAUAUCAUUGUAAGCUCCUAAAUUGAUUAUGAUUUAAUCAGCCAUCUACUUUGAAUAAAAGAAAAUUAUUGAUAAAGCAGUUUUACUCUACAUGAGAGGAGGAUAAUUGCAAAAAGCCUUGUAUUUAGCUUAAAAGGAGAAAUUGACAGAUUAUGUGAAAAAGAUCAAUUAAGAAAUUGCACUUCAAAAAUAGGAGACUGUUGAUUUGGCCUUUACUAAUACAGGUUCUUUGAAGGAAGCUCCAUCAUAAUAGAAAAUAGUUAAUCAAUAAUAGCAGUAAUAGCAAUCCACUCAAUCAAAGGAUAGAGCACCACCUCCAGGAUCAAUAUAAGACUUAAUAAAUAAGAAAUAGUUUGAAAAAGUAUUAGAGAUGUGUGAAAAUUAAGGUAUUUAAAUUAGUGACGAUAUGGUUAAACAAAUGUUGGAUGGUCUUGAUGACAAACGAAAAAAAGAAGUGUAAUUGUUAAUUGCUGAGAAAUCAAAAAAGAUGGGCAAUUUCGAAUAGGCUUCUAAAAUGUAUAUUUAGAUGGGAGAAAGAGUGAAAGCCAUGAAAGCCCUUUGUAAAUUGGGUGAUGUUGAAAAGAUAAUUGCAUUUGCAAAUAAUGCUAGAAUGGCUGAAAUCUAUAUACUGGCUGGUAAUUACCUGUAGACUGGUGAUUGGCAUAAAACACCGGAUCUUAUGAAGCACAUUAUACAAUUCUAUAAUAAAGCCAAGGCAUUUGAUCACUUGGCCAAUUUCUUUGAAGCAUGUUCUUCAGUUGAAAUCGAUGAAUAUAGGGAUUAUGAAAAGGCAUGUGCUGCAUUGAAAGAGGCAAUUAAAUAUUCAGAGAAAACAACUAGCCAAUAGAAAACACAACAAUUAUAAUAAAAAUUAAAAUUGAUCUUAGAUUUUGUUCAAGCUAAAUAGAAGUCUCCUCAAGAGAUGUUAUAAAUCUACUAUAAGUUAUUAAAUGAUAGUAAUAUUGAGUAUGCAGUUAGACAGGGAGAUAUAUUUGCAGAGUUGAUUGAAUACUAUUAUGCUCAAGGUCAAUAUGAGAAGGCUUAUGAAGAGAUGUAAAAGAUGUAGAAGAAAUCUAUUGUACUCAAUCCGUAUUUGGAUCAAGAAUUAAUUUAAAAAGUUAUGAAUUACAUGAAAUAAAAAGUAGGUAGUCAAUAAUAACAAUAACAAUAAUAAAAUAAGAAACAACCAUAUGGGAGGUAAUAAGAGUAAAAUGAUGAUGAUUUCUAAGAAGAGGAUGUUAUUGAUGAUGGAAUAUGAAUCAUAUCAAUAAAUUAAUUAUUAGUUAUUCAAAACUUAUUAUUUUUA